AUGAGCUCCGAGGUGGGGGCGCCGGUGCCCCGCAGCCCGCCGGCCCUGAUGAGCCAGCCGCCGCCGCCUCCGCCCGGCCCGGAGCCCGCGUCCGUCGGGGGGGCCUCGUCGUCGUCGUCGUCGUCGGGGGCGAAGGGCAAGAAGGCGAGCUCGGGGCUGCGGCGCCCGGAGAAGCCGCCCUACUCGUACAUCGCGCUGAUCGUGAUGGCCAUCCAGAGCGCGCCGGCCAAGCGGCUGACGCUGAGCGAGAUCUACCAGUUCCUGCAGGCGCGCUUCCCCUUCUUCCGCGGCGCCUACCAGGGCUGGAAGAACUCCGUGCGCCACAACCUGUCGCUCAACGAGUGCUUCAUCAAGCUGCCCAAGGGCCUGGGCCGCCCCGGCAAGGGACACUACUGGACCCUCGACCCGGCCAGCGAGUUCAUGUUCGAGGAGGGCUCGUUCCGCCGCCGCCCGCGGGGCUUCCGCAGGAAAUGCCAGGCGCUGAAGCCGGCCAUGUACCGCGUGGUGAACGGCCUGGGCUUCCUGCCGCAGGGCUUCGACUUCGCCGCCCCGCCGCCGCCGCCGCCGCCGCCCUCCGCCGCCCCCCUGGGCUGCCACCCCGCCGCCGCCGCCGCCUACGGGCCCCUGGAGGUCGUGCCCGCCGGCGCCUACGACGCCCACCCGGGGCCCCCCCACCUGGCGCCCAGCCCGGGCUCCAGCUACAUGGCCAGCUGCCCCGUGCCCGCCGGCGGCGCGCAGGACUACGGGCCCGACAGCAGCAGCAGCCCCCUGCCCUCCUCGCCCGCCCUGGCCAGCGCCCUCGAGUGCCCCUCGCCCUACGCCAGCCCCGCAGGGCCCUGGGCCGCCGCCGCCUCCUCCUAUCUCAAGCAGCAGCAGCAGCAGCAACCGCAGCAACAGCCGCAGCAGAGCCUCCACUCGGCCGGGGCCUCCUACGCCCUGGAGCAGAGCUACCUGCACCAGAACGCCCGCGACGACCUCGCAGUGGGGCUGCCCCGCUACCAGCAUCACCCCUCGGCGGUGUGCGACCGGAAGGACUUCGUGCUCAACUUCAACGGCAUCUCGUCCUUCCACCCGUCGGCCGGCAGCUCCUACUACCACCACCAUCACCACCACCACCACCACCCGCAGAGCAUCUGCCAGGACAUCAAGCCCUGCGUCAUGUGAGGGCGGCCGCCUCCCCCACCCCUCUGGCCACGGCCCCAGGCGCCCACCCCGCCGGCAGCAAGGACCCCUCCGCCCCCCCCCCCCCAGGGGCUUCGGCAAAGAGACCCGCGGGAAGCGGCGGGGAGAGGAAGCG